AUGUCAGACCGUGAGUUCGGAGGGGGAGGUACCUCAUCCUUUCCCACUUGAAGUGCAAAGAGUACUAACAUCUCCGAUAGCCGACGAUCUCUCCCUUCCAAAAGGUUUUUCUCCUUACAUAUCCGUCUGACCUCCCUUAUCGUAUGAACACGCUGACAUUCGGCUAGCUACCGUACAAAAGAUCAUUUCCGAAAUCCUUCCAAACGAUCUUGCAUUCGCUAAAGAAACGCGCGAUCUGCUCAUAGACUGCUGCGUUGAAUUCAUCACUUUAGUUUCCUCCGAGGCCAACGACAUCGCCGAACGUGAAGCCAAGAAGACUAUCGCUGCGGAGCAUGUUGUCAAGGCGUUGAAGGACCUCGGAUUCGAGGAGUAUAUUGAGCAGAUCCAGGAGGUUGCCCAGGAGCACAAGGAACACCAGAGGGUAUCUUGCCCAUUGCCUGUGCGACUUGAGCUGGAAAAUGCUGACUUGAGAAGUUCCAGUCGCGCGAAAAGAAGCAGACCAAGUUGGAGCAAUCGGGUCUCUCUCAGGAGGAGCUGCUGAGACAACAGGAAGAAUUGUUCGGUAACGCUAGAGCUAAAUUCAACCAGCAGGGCUCAGUUCCGGAAUAG